UGCUAAGGUCACACUUGAGUUUUGCUAGAGUCCCAAUUUUUGUGUUGAGCAUUAUUUUUACUUUCCGAAAUUAAAUAAUUUUUUGUAAGUAAAUAUGAGUGAAGAAAAGCCCGCAACAAACACAGAAGAGGGGGAUGAGUCGGCAAAUAACGCACUUGAGCAAUCUACUAUAACUAUGGUCGAUGUGCUGGAGCAGGAAAAAGAAAUGGAGGACGAAUAUGCUGCGGUUCUAGGAGCCUCCGAUGAAAAGUCCUGUACCUAUGAGAAGGGCUCCAUUCAACGGCAGGCUCUAUACUCCUGCCUCACCUGCUGUCCCGAGGCUCGUCAGGAUUUGAAGAAAGCCGCUGGCGUCUGUCUUGCCUGUUCCUAUCGUUGUCAUGAGAACCAUGAACUGGUGGAGCUCUAUACCAAACGCAAUUUCCGUUGCGAUUGUCCCACACAACGUAUGGGCAACCAGAAACGUUGUUGCCUCAAUCCUCAACUGGCUGACGUACAACCCUUGAAUGAGGGUAAUCUCUAUAACCAGAAUUUCCAAGGCUUGUAUUGCAAAUGCAAACGCCCAUAUCCUGAUCCCGAGCGCACCGCCGAGGAGGUGAUGCUACAGUGUGCCAUUUGCGAGGAUUGGUUCCAUCUACCGCACAUGAAGACAUCAGAGGAGGCUUCUGAAAAAUGGCUUGAUGCUUGCAGCGAAAUGAUUUGUGAUGGUUGCAUGGACAAGCAUGAGCUGCUCAAAGACUACACCGGCUUGGCAUUGCAUAUUGUAGAGAAUGCCAAUGAAUCCAAUGUGGAGGCUGCUAGUGGCAGUGGUGCCACCGAAAAGGCCAAGGACAAUAAAUCAGACGAACAAGAGCAGGAACAGCCAGCUAGCAAGCGUCCAAAGUUAUCAAACGAUGAUUGUCGUCGUCCCAAACCUACUAAGGAGCACAAAGGUGCUGCCUUCUGGACAAAUGAUUGGCGUAAAUCCCUAUGUCAGUGCCCCGUUUGCCGACCCCAGUAUAAGGAGCAAUCGAUUGAAUUUCUCUUGGAUGUCGACGACUCGGCCAAAUCGUAUGAGGAGCGUGGUAUUAAGCGUGGCGAAGAGAAUUCCAGCUAUGAGCAGGGCAUACGGGCAUUAGCCUCAAUUGACCGUACACAGCAAAUCGAUGCAAUUACUGAAUACAAUCGCAUGAAGGAUAAAUUGAAGGAAUAUUUGCAUACAUUUGCUGCCAGUAAGAAGGUAGUUACCGAAGAGGAUAUCAAUCGUUUCUUUGCCGGCAUGCGUAAUGAGAAUAAUUCGAAUCUCGGACAACCAUAUUUCUGUCGUUAAGUGUGGGUGAUUGCCACGAUAUUGUAUACCCCUCAAAAAAUCCUAUCCACCUAUUGCAUUCCUAUGGAAAAUUCAAAUUUAAAAUUGAAGUUCAUUACAUUACAUUACAUUCAUAAUGUACAUUUUAUUUAA